AUGUCCGUCGCACGAUGCGCUCAGUUAUUUCUUUCGAAGAAUUCGUUAUUACUGAACCAGAGAAUAACACAUAUACAUAGGGAUCUUGGUACCAUCAGGCUAUUAUCCACAAUUUCGAAAACACAGCCAUCAAUGCCUAGGGAUGUCCACACAGUAUCCGAGCACCGUACGUCUACAGUGGAAACUUUAGAACCAAAGAUGGGAUUUAUUGCAAGAAUACUGAAAAAAACUGGUAUUCUAGACGUCCAGAAAUAUAGAAAUAUGGAUAUGGGUUAUGAGAUAUACGAACAUGUAAUUGGUCAAGUGGAUUAUCCUUUCUUCUUUAAACAUUUUAACAUGCCAGAUACGUUUGUUGCUUGGUUUCUGGUGACAGAGCUUCAUGUCUGGAUGAUAAUGACUCGCUACAUGGCAGAUGAGAAAAAUGGAAAAGCUAUCAGGAAUUAUGCAGUAGCAGCAAUGUGGCAGGACACACAAGCCAGGAUAGAAAAUCUCGGUCCAAUCAAAACCAAACUCAAAAAUAAACAAAUACAGGAAAUAUCACAUCAAUUCAAUGCUGCCAUAAUAGGUUAUGACGAGGGCAUACAAUCUGAUGACAAAGUAUUAGCAGGAGCAUUAUGGAGACGAUUCUUUCAGUUGGAAUGCAACAAUCCGGAACACAUUGAAACACUUCUGAUUUAUGUUAGGAAACAGAUUUGUUUGUUUGACAGUUUACCAAAUGAAGAAAUUUUAAGAAAACCUAUUUUAAAAUUAAUAGACAUAAAAAAUUAAUGUAAGCA